ACACUUCUCCAGACCAGUGCAAGUGUUCAGAAGCUGCCCAGGCCUGACCCCAGAACUGCCUCAGCCUGAGCCAGCUGUGAUCUUUCCUCAUGCUGGAGACUGCAGAGCUGUACUUCAAUGUGGACCAUGGCUACCUCGAGGGCCUGGUGCGAGGAUGCAAAGCCAACCUCCUGACCCAGCAGGAUUAUAUCAACCUAGUACAGUGUGAGACCCUGGAAGAUCUGAAAAUUCAUCUCCAGACCACUGAUUAUGGCAACUUCCUGGCUAAUGAAACAAGCCCUCUCACUGUUUCCAAAAUUGACACGGAGAUGAGGAAAAAGCUCUGCAGGGAAUUUGACUAUUUCCGGAAUCAUUCUCUAGAGCCCCUCAGCACAUUUUUCACCUACAUGACGUGCAGCUAUAUGAUAGACAAUGUGGUUCUACUGAUGAAUGGGGCACUACAAAAGAAAUCCGUGAAAGAAGUUCUGGCGAAGUGCCACCCUUUGGGCCGGUUCACAGAGAUGGAAGCAGUCAAUAUUGCAGAGACCACCUCGGAUCUCUUCAAUGCUGUGCUGGUUGAAACACCAUUAGCUCCAUUCUUUCAAGACUGUAUGUCUGAAAACACUCUUGAUGAACUGAAUAUUGAAUUACUACGCAAUAAAUUAUACAAGUCUUACCUUGAGGCAUUCUACAAAUUCUGUAAGGAUCAUGGUGAUGUUACAGCAGAAAUUAUGUGUCCGAUUCUUGAGUUUGAGGCUGACAGACGUGCUUUAAUCAUCACUCUUAACUCGUUUGGCACUGAACUGAGCAAAGAAGACCGGGAGACCCUCUUCCCGACCUGCGGCAAACUCUAUCCUGAGGGCCUGCGCUUGUUAGCUCAAGCUGAAGACUUUGACCAGAUGAAGAGAGUAGCAGAUAAUUACGGAAUUUACAAGCCACUGUUUGAGGCUGUAGGCAGCAGUCGGGGAAAGACUUUGGAGGAUGUCUUCUAUGAACAUGAGGUACAAAUGAACGUGCUGGCAUUUAACAGGCAAUUCCACUAUGGUGUGUUUUAUGCAUACGUAAAGCUGAAAGAGCAAGAAAUGAGAAAUAUCGUGUGGAUAGCAGAAUGUAUCUCACAGAGACAUCGAACUAAAAUCAACAGUUACAUCCCAAUUUUGUAGGCCAAGGAGGAGGCCUCAAAUGCAGAAAAUUAUACAUGUUAAUAGGAAGUUACUUAGAAAAAGAAAAGGAAUUGUGUCACAUUACCUAAAUUACACAGAAGUAAGCUGCAGCUCCUUUUCGUGAAUUUCAGGACCACUGGAAGCACAGCCCAUGAAACCUGAAACAAAGCAUUUCUCUGUGUUCUGAAGCCUCAACUCUUUUUCCACACUCACGCCUCAUUGCCCACUGACCUCACGCAUUAAGUGCAGUCCCCACAGGACUCCUACUCUCACUUAGUCACGUUAAAAAUCAGACAGGAAGAGGUAUUUCUUCUUCCUUUUCCUUUCUUCUCCACAGGCUCAAAUACUGACUGUCCACUUUAGUUCUUAACUCCUUCCCUACAUUCACAAAAAUUCAAAGCUGUGUGUAGCCAACAUGAACCAUAUGUGAUGAGAACUAUUUCUGUUUUUCCCCCAGGACACUUAGAUAGGUAAGCUUGAGAAAGCUACACAGUUCCCUAGAUGUAAGAAGUGCUAAAUUUGUUAAGAAUUUAGAUUCACACAACCUUCUUUAAAUAAAUAAAUAUAUAACUUU